AUGAACCCCGUUGAAGACGGCACUGCGACUCUCGAAGAUGGCGUUGAAGACAACGAUGUUGCGUUCGUGUCUUCGGACGAAGAAAUGCUCCCCAGAGACAGACAGAGAAGAACGCACAGCUACAAUUAUGCCUACGAGAAAUCCAUGAGCCUCGCCGAGGCAAAACUCUUCUACCAAAGGCACCAGGAAGCAUCACGGGCUCAUGAAGGAGCUGACCCCUCCCGAAGCCCCAUUCUGUCCCACCAUUCUGUGCCCGUGAAGACGGCCACGACUGCCGGGACGGACGAUGCGCUCUCUAGUAUGGCCGCGAGUGUCGGAUCCCUCAAAAGCAGCGCGGGCUUUACUUCGUCGACCAGUAUUCACGACCCUGCGGCAGCGGACACGUCGAAUAAUCCGGCAUACGCGCGAAUGCACGAGAGCUUACAGGCGGCCGAUCAAUCUGCUAGGAAUCAAGUGCUACAGCCGGGUCUAACAUCUUCCGAAACCGCGCCGUAUUCGUUUGCUUCACACAGUAUCUACGGAGUAGGGGCUGGUAUAGCUGUGCAUCAUGGUAUGGAGGGCUACCUUCCAAGUGACGACGCCGUGAAUGCAGAGUUGGAGAUUGUGUGUCGCAAAAUUCGCAACAUUCUGGAACAAAGGAACAAAUAUAUGCAGCUGUCGUUACAGGGGCCUGACUGCAACCCCAAGGAUUCUCCCAGAUGGCCGAUCUACCCGUCUCCACCCGAGCCAGUGUGGGAUGCUGAGAAGGAGCGCCCGAAAAAUGAGGACAAAGUUGUCCCAGAAGAUCAGGAGCCGCGGGCUUCAGAGCCACGUACUCGCAAGAGACGCAAGAUGGGUCAGGACAUAGGAGAAGACUUUGACAUGGAGGACUUGCUCCCUCUCCCGGGUCCAUCCAGUUCCGUCUUUCAACUCGAUUCGUCUAGCGUUUACCAGGUAUAUGAAGGCGAAGAGUCAAAUCGUCCCAUUGUGCAAAUCCCCUCGUUGCGGGAUUUCUAUAUGGAUUUGGAUACUCUGACAGAGGUUUCUACCGACGGGCCAGUGAAGUCUUUUGCUUUCAAGCGUCUUUCUUAUCUCGAGGGGAAGUUUCAGCUUCACACUCUACUGAAUGAGUACCAGGAACUCGCAGACAGUAAGAAAGUGCCACAUCGGGACUUUUACAAUGUCAGAAAAGUGGAUACUCACGUUCAUCACUCAGCGUGCAUGAACCAGAAGCAUUUGUUGAGAUUUAUCAAGAGCAAAAUGAAGAAAUCUCCGGAUGAGGUCGUGCUCUUCAGAGAUGGAAAGCACCUGACGUUGAAGGAAGUGUUUGAAAGUAUUAAUCUGACUGCGUAUGACCUCAGUAUCGAUACACUUGAUAUGCAUGCACACAAAGAUUCGUUUCAUCGGUUUGAUAAGUUCAACUUGAAGUACAAUCCGGUUGGAGAGUCUCGUCUUCGAGAGAUCUUUUUGAAGACGGACAACUUCAUACAAGGGAGGUACCUUGCUGAAAUCACGAAAGAAGUCAUUUCCGAUCUGGAAUCGAGCAAAUACCAGAUGGUCGAAUGGCGCAUUUCGAUUUAUGGAAGAUCAGUGGAAGAAUGGGACAAGCUGGCAGCAUGGGUGGUCGACAACAAGCUUUUCUCGCCAAAUGUUCGCUGGCUUAUACAGGUGCCUCGGCUUUACGACGUGUAUAAAUCAAGCGGAAUGGUACAGAGUUUCGAAGAUGUCAUCAAGAAUCUGUUUCAGCCGUUAUUCGAAGUGACGCAAGAUCCCUCCAGUCAUCCCAAACUACAUGUGUUCCUACAACGUGUUAUAGGAUUUGACAGUGUCGACGAUGAGAGCAAGGCAGAGCGCCGGCUAUACAAGAAAUACCCCAUCCCAAGAGACUGGAAUACGAAACAAAACCCGCCUUAUAGUUAUUGGAUCUAUUUCAUGUUUGCAAAUAUGGCAUCGCUCAAUUGUUGGAGACAGCGCCGUGGCUUCAACACGUUCGUUUUACGACCUCACUGCGGUGAAGCUGGUGAUCCGGAUCAUCUGGCGGCGGGUUUUCUGGCCUGUCACAGUAUCAGUCACGGAAUCCAUCUUCGAAAAGUUCCGCUGCUGCAGUAUGUUUAUUACCUUGACCGCAUCGGCAUUGCAAUGUCACCACUAAGCAACAAUGCGCUGUUUUUGACCUAUGAUAAAAAUCCGUUUGCGAGUUUCUUCAGAAAGGGACUCAAUGUCUCCCUUUCUACGGACGACCCACUUCAGUUCGCUUUCACCAAAGAACCUCUCAUGGAAGAAUAUGCCGUUGCAGCUCAGAUUUACAAGCUCAGUGCUGUGGAUAUGUGCGAGUUGGCUAAGAAUUCUGUUGAUCAGAGCGGCUUCGAGCUCGCGCUCAAGCAGAGAUGGCUCGGUCCCCAGUGCUAUUUACCAGGAGUUGCAGGAAAUAACGUGGCUAAGAGCAAUGUGCCUGACCUUCGGGAGGCUUUCAGACAUGAAACAUACCUCGCUGAGUUGUCAUUGAUCGAGAGAUACUCGACUCCUAAACACCUUUUUCGUACGAAGACAGCAGCAGAUCGAGCAAUGCCAGUAACAGCCUCCAUUGGCUCAUUUAGCAACACACACAUCCCUUAUAUCACAACAGAAUCCCCGUCCCAAAGCAAGUCCCCUGCCACCCGGGCAUCUAGCCUUGCACCACCAGCCAGUGAUCCAGCAUCGCUAUCAAAUUCCCAAACUCUUCUUCCCGAGUCUGCUUUGUCUCAUUCCGGCUCACCAGCGCCAGCAUCGCAAGACCUACUACAACCAUCAUCUUCGCCAAUCCCCUUGGUUGCUGGCAGCUUGCCCGAACAGAAAAUCAUUCCUGGCUUGGUGCAUGAGAGGACUAGGAAGGGAAGUACUUAUUCGAAUUCUUCUACUGCUCGCGCUGAUUUUCACUCGUCUCCUGGUAAGCAGCGUGAUAGUGAUGGGAAUGAUUAUGGCGUUAUUUAA